AUGCUGUUGCUUCUUUUAGUCCUUGCGCCAUCGGAAGAAUCAGAUCCUCGCCUCAACCGGCUCAAUAAUGCGCGCCCUCGCGCAUCCUCGCCUGAGGCCACCCGCAGCCGUCCGAUCACCAUCCAACGUCCCACAGCGCCCCGCCCUCCUCCCACCUGCUCUCCCAUUCCCCGCUGCCCGCCUCCGCCUCCGCCGCUUGCCGGACCUCUCGCCGCCGGCCACCCGCCAUCGCCGCCCCAUGCAUCCCCCCACCGCGACGGCUGCGUCCCUUGGCUCAGCCGGAGGCUCCUUCCCCGAGCUCACCUGCCCAGCGGAGUUCGCCGUCGUCGCCGCCCCCGGCGGCCGAAUCUCCGUCGUCGGCUUCGGCUCCCUCCUCUCUGAGCGGAGCGCGAGGAGCACGUUCCCGGACCUGGAGGGCUUCCGCGUGGCGGCGCUGAGGGGGUUCCGGCGGGUGUUCGCUCAUGCUGCCCCCAUCUUCUUCGAGCGCGGCAUCGCCGCCGAGGCCACAAAGGAAUUCUCAAGCCUAAGCGUGGAGCCAUGCGAGGGGGAACUGAUAGUAGUCACUGUGUUCGAAAUCAAGGAGGAGGAGGUGCCAGCAUUUCUCGAGAGGGAACAUGAAUUUAGAUUUCUUGUGGUUGUUCCUGAAGGACUGGAUGGAGUGCCGUUUACAAAUCAAGCAGUUGUCUGUGCACGCUACAGCGAUGAAGAAUAUUUCAAAGGGAGAUGCCAAGGGAGCAAGGAAAUAUAUAACCAACGCUACGGACGGUUCAACAUUGACAAAAUCUGGAGAGAUGAUAUUUUACCAUGUCGCUUGUAUCUUAGACAUUGUGUUCUUGCUGCAAAAAAUCUUGGUGAACCAGCAUACAGCAACUUCUUAGACCACACCUAUCUUGGUGACCGGAAAACCACGAUAAGGGAAUACUUGGACACUACUGGAGCCGGCAUUAUGGAAGAGGAGCCUCCUGAAUCGCUAAAAAGCCGCUACGGUGGCUGAUUCGACGAUCGUAGCUACCACAGAUUGAACUUUCAUGCGCUUGCAGUGUAUCAAAUCAGAUAGUUGGUGAAUUGGUGUGUUCCGGGAUGUGCGAAAUAAUGCAUGGUGCUCAAUUGCAGAAGAUCUAAGAUUCCGAUUUGGUGAUUUUUGGGCGGUUUCUAAGAUUCCGAUUUGGUGAUUUUUGGGCGGAUGGCGCCAAAUAUGCGAGUUGUGACCAAUUUGUGAUUGAUGUACACGUAUAAUUGCGACUAUUUGCCAUCAUGACAGAAACUUCGGAGCCAUACUCUGGAAA